UACACACUAGACUAUGGCAAAGAACACAAGGCAGAAAGAGUGAGGUCACUCCUCCACACUGAGAGACGGUCCCCUCCUGUAAUUGUUUGAUACAGGCCACAUAAUCAUCUGUUAGAUGUGGACAACAAGAACAUUUAUGGACAGUAUCAGUGUCUGUCCGGCUGAUCAAAACUGUUGCUUUUGCUGAAUUUGUUUUAUUGACCUGGACAGGAUUACAGUUUAUUUUUGGCCAGGAAUAUUGAUAUUGGUCAGUAUGAUGUCAGACAAGUAUUUGGUGGAGUGUAAUAUUGAUGAUGAUGAAGAUGAUGUGAAGAAGAUCCAGCCGUCUCCACCUCCUCCUCCACAGUUCUCCUCCACCUCGUCCCUCACUCCAUGUGAGAGCAGGGAUCCCUGGGGCCUCAACAAACACCUGAAGAUAGAGUUCAGUGAUGUUUUGGCGGAGCCCGCGUCCACGCACAGCUCUGACCGCGUGUGGGUGUACAGCGGCAUUGGGUUCGAGUCCGCGCGGCUCUGGGGUUACCGCUGUGUCACAGCGCUCUGUGCGGUUCCCCUCUCCUGUCUCUGCGGCUGUCUCUUUGCCCUACUGGCCUGUAUGCACAUCUGGUGUGUGAUGCCCUGUAUCCAGGUGUUUCAUAGCUGCCUGCCCUGUGUGAGGUCACUGUGGAUGAGUGUGGUGAAUAUCUUCAUCACUCCAUUCUGCACAUCUGUGGCUCGCUGUUGCAGUGGCGUAUAUGUGGUGUUCUCCAAAGAGUGACGAGACUCAAGGAGGAAUCUGAAGAAGCUCGUCAAACUGCUUAGUCCCAAUAGUCCCAAUAGUUUUCUCUCAAGAACAAAACAUGAAUCAGUGGAAUACCUGAAUGGAUUCUUUUGCUAUUUAAAGCUGUGUUGAAAUAACAAUGAGACAUUCAAAGAAGAGGAUUAGCCUACAUGUUAUUAAAUUGAUUUUUACCUGUUAUUAAAUAGAUAUUUAUUCAUUUGUAACAAAUUCUGCACGGGUUAUUCAUGUGUACAAAACUACAAUAGCACACAACCUGUUAAUACUUAUUACUUAUUCUCUCUCUCUCUCUCUCUCUCUCUCUCUCUCUCUGAAGUUUGGUAUAAAGAACAACUGUCAUGUAUAUAUAUUUUGAUGGUUGCCACAUCAUACAUCUAUACAUUUUAUUAAAACAACCACUUAGCCUGUAUCUUGAACAUACAAGCCUCAAGUUUCUCAUUUACUCCAGUCUUCAGUGUCACAUGAUAGCCUACUUCAGAAAUCACUGGUGCUCAAGAAACAUUUCUUAAAUAUUAUUAAUUAUGCUGCUUUCAAUUUUUGUGGAUUCUGACAUUUUCUUUUCAGGAUUCUUUAACAGAAAGUUGUUGAAAGAGUUUACUGUCAUUUUUUUUUGUUAACUAAAUUCAUCCUUGCUGAAUAAAAUGA